UCAAUGUCAAAGAACGAAAUAUAAUCUGUGUUGAAAUGUCGGUCAAGUCAAAUUGCAAAUAAAGAAUUCGAUUUUCGAUCAAAAUAAAUAUUUCAUGAAAUCUAAUGACUGAAAUGUGCAAGUUUAUAAAUGAAAAUAAUGCUCUAUCGUCUUUUCCGCGGUCGUUUCACAUUCAGGUUUUACAUAGUGUUCACAAUAGUGGUCAUUGUGACGAUAUGUUGCUAUUUUUUUCCGCCGAUCUAUCCCAUAGCCCCUGUGACUGUGCCCCCAAGUCCUCUGCAUCCUCGUUCUUCAAGACAUUUGUCUAAAUUAAUGACGGUAGUGUUCCGCCAGUUUGAGGAUUUUGAAAAUGACAUCGCUGAUAGCGUGCAGUCUUUUGUGUCAGCGUUUCCUAAUAUGCCCGUGGUUGUAGUGUGUGAGAAUACUCCAUAUCCGCCGUUCCCGUUUUCUGUAACAAACGAGACUCUGAAGAAUGUUAAAGUAUUGUCAUUGGAGCUGAAGUUGAAUGCUUUGCCGCAGGAUUUGAAUCCACUGACACAGAUAUUUACUGAGUAUGUGUUGUUUGUACCUGAUUCGACGCGAGUAUCGCGGCGAGUGCUGCAGCUUGCGAUGGCUGCAGCGGCGGCUAACCCCUUGCAGGGGGUAGCCGUGGGAGUGGGCAAUGCUCACCUGAUAUGCCAGCAUGUGCAGUGGAACUAUGCAGACUGGACACUGCACUACAGUAAGGAUGCUUCUGGCAAGAUCUGUGAUGCUGUACAUGGACAACAUGCCUUGCUUAUCAAGACAUCUGUCCUGCAGAAAGUUCCACAGCCCUUUGCAUUGCCUUUUCCUGAAUCUCUGUAUCUUCAAACGGCAGUCAAAAAUUUUAAGGUUCAAAUAUCAGAUGGCAAGUUAAGUGCAGGGCGAGGAGUGUUGAAGACUCCAGGAGCAAAGCAGAGAGCCACUCGUCACAUGAGAGACUAUAGAGUGGCUUUGUACAGACAACUGGGGGUAAAGGCUGUCAUCAGGGAAGAUGGGAGAGUCCAGUGGUUUGGCUGUAAGAGGGAGACACAGCGCUGUUUCCCCUCAGUGCAGGGCACUCCAUCAUACAUGCUAUCUGGUCGCAACACGCCGCCAUGUUGUCGGCGCAACAUGCGUCGUGUAGCGGGUCACGUGUUGCGUGCUCUACUGCAAGCCGGCGCUAGGUGCUGGCUGGAGACCACCUCGUUAUUGGGGGCUGUUGUUAGAGGCGACAUCCUACCAUGGGCAGAAUACGUAGAAAUUGGUAUCCACGCGUCCGACGUGUCCCGAGUAUCAUGGCUGCAGCGAGGUGGUGCGGACGCCGACGGCUUCGUAUGGGAGCGCGCGACUAAAGGCCAUUACUACCGCGUCGCGUAUUCUGCGACUAACAGGGUGUAUGUGCUAAUACUUCCGUUCACUGCGAGGAAUGGUACCAUGUGGCCUGCUGAUUGGGUGCUGGCACAUCAGAGAGAGUUCCCAGAGAGACAUUUGCAUCCUCUUGCUCAGAUCACAUUUGCAGGCCGUCAGGCGCCAGCCCCCAACGACGCUAGAGCGUUCCUAGAUCUGAAACUGGGCGCCAACGCAGUGGAGCGCUGUGACAAACUUGGACCCAAACUAUUAUACCCUUGAAUUUUAGUAUAGUCCUUACUUUCAGUGCACAUUUUUUGUUAUGUUUAACAUAUCAGACCACAUAUUAAUUUAUGCCCAAAUGCGAGCGUCUAUAGUCUAUCUGUUGAUGUCGCGUAGCCUAAUACGUCUGUAAAAGCUGUAGACAGGUGUAAAUACCAUAUAUGAAGUUCUUCUCAUUUCAUGAUCUUUUAAAAAAAUAUUAAACUUCGGCAUCAAAUUAGACCUUAUGACUCUGAUGGCAAGAAAAGAGUCUAAUUUGGAAGGCAAUGUCUUGAAUGUCUUGUAUUUUUUAUAGGAAAGCAGUUUGUUUCCUAUUACGUUAACUCAUGCUUUUAAUUUGAAUAAGUUACCAGUUUGUCAAUAACGUUCUCGAAUUGUAUGGUUGUUGUUUUUUUUCUACUUUGAGUGAGUUAUCAGUGUAAGUGCAAUAAUAAAUGAACUAGUCAAUAGAUGUUAUGAAAUUAAAAUUAUAAUUACAAAAAACUAGAUUGUAAUAGUUUUAGUAAGUCAAAGAAUAUAGUUUAAGUUACGCUUUUUGCUUGUUACUUUAAAAAUGAUUAUUGUUUAUGUAAAUACAGAUUGACAAUUAUUAAAUUAGCAUUGAAAGAAUUUUAGAGUUGAUCUCUUCUAAAACAUUAGAUAUAUUUUGAGAUAUCAAUAAAUUAGAUCGGAAUGUAACAAAUAAAAGAUAAUAAUGGUAAAUGUAAUACAAAAUAUUAAAAAUUAAAAGGAAUAAGCAUCACAAUAUUUUAUAUAUGUAAGUGUAAAUUACAAUUGGAAUUUUAUUAACGUAAGACAAAAUAUAAAACUGACAAAUAUGUAUUGUUAAAAGAGUGAAUGAA